UACAAAUUAUUAUGUCCAAAACUUUCGCCGCGGUUAGUCUAUAUAAAACACACAAAGAAACAAAGUUUAAGUGAACAAUGUACUAUAAUAUUUUAAAUAUUUCUGUGAUAAUUAUAUUAGUGGUAAACCAUACUAAAACAGUUAUGGGGAAUGAAACGUGCAACUGCAUUCCUAUGAAGCAAUGUUCAUCUUUUCUAAAAUAUUUUAAAGGUUUAGAAAGACCGUUAUCUGAAGCUUCGAAGGAACAUCUCAAAAGUAAGCAAUGCGAAGACUUCGAUGGACAAGUGAAAGUUUGCUGUGAUUUCGAGAGUACUACAGCUCCAACUCGAACUCAUCAUUCGAGAUCAUCAUAUAAAAAACAAUGUUAUACGUCCCAAUGUAUGAUGUUAAAAAGAUGCCCAUCUUUCAUGCAGUUCAUUGCUGGUGUAGAGAAGCCGUUAACUCCAGUUGUAGUAGAUUUCUUAAGGAGCCAGCAGUGCGGAUUUGAGGAAGGUUUCCCUAUGGUGUGUUGUAGAGAAUUGCCUAGAAACCUGAGAAUUCACAGUAAUCACCGACGAAAAUCGAUACCAAUUAAACCUUUAAGUGUAAAUAUAGAUGAAGAGGAUGACAAGCUAUAUAUUUAUCAAAAUCUCGUUCAGAAAACAGAUAGAACUACAACGCCAAUGAUAGAAAGUACAACUCAGAAAGUUUUAGAAGAUAGGAGAAAAAAAUAUGAGCGAUUUAAUAAAGCUUUUUACUCAAGUUAUGAUUACGAUGAAUUUGAUUUAAUUUUAAGACAAAUAAGAUCUGUAGAUUCUAAUAGCAAUGAAGAACUAGAGAUAGAAAUUAGGUGACUAAUAUGUAAUACAUAAUAUAUAGAUAGUUAUGAAUAAAUAUAUUUUAAAUUAAA